UCUGGUAACCAUGGUUACAGAAAGUCCGGUUUGGGCAUGCUCCCAUCUGAUGUUGGUCCAAAGCAAUUAAAACUUUUUGGUUUCAUCGUUGUUUGCUUUAUUGGUUCCAUCGCGUUUACUAAGUCCGUUGUCAAGGAUCGUCGAGUGGCUAACUACAAGCCUCAGCAGCUUCGUUUAGACGAAAAUGGCGAGGAGGCCCAGACUGAGCCUGCCUUUGAUUCUUCCAAGGUUAAGCCAGGCUUUCCUCUUCCAUCUGACCAGUAUGAUAGAAAGUCUGCCUACGAAGGCAGCGGUAUUAGCUACAUGAGUCGAAAGAGAGGUGACAGAUUGACCAAUUCUUGGUUCGGUAAGACUUAUGAGGACAAGGAUGAAUAA